AUGGCCACUAUUAGGAAAGUCAUUGCAGUUGCAUCAUCAAAUGACUGGCCAUUUUUUCAUAUGGAUGUUAAUAAUGUUUUUCUCCAAGGUGACUUAGAAGAAGAAGUCUACAUGGAGAUGCCUCAGGGUUUCCAACAACAGGGGGAGUACAGGGCUUCUAGACAGUGGAAUAUAAAGCUAACCACUGCCCUUGUGCAAGCUGGACAUAUACAAAGCCCAUAUGAUCAUUCCUUUUUUACUAAAAAAAGAGGAGCUGGUAUUGUAGUCAUUCUAAUGUAUGUAGAUGACUUACUAAUCACAGGAAGUAAUGUUGACUUGAUACACGAGGCAAAGGAUUCCUUGCAUGGUAACUUCAAGAUGAAGGACCUGGGGGAAUUGAGGUAUUUUUUGGGCAUAGAGGUGAUGAGGUCAAAGGAAGGAAUAGUUCUCAAUCAAAGAAAAUAUGCUUUGGAGUUGAUCUCUAAAGUAGGGCUUAGUGGUUGUAAACCUGCUUCCACACCAAUGGAACUCAAUCACAAGCUAACAACUGUAGAUUACGAUAUGCAUAUGGGAAUCACAGAAGAUGCAAAACUAGGAGAUAUAACAACAUAUCAGAAACUAAUAGGGAAGCUGUUAUACUGGACAAUCACAAGACCAGACCUGUGCUUUGUUGUGCAGGUUUUGAGUCAAUUUAUGCAAAGGACAAAACAGUCUCAUUUGAAUGUAGCAAUGAGGAUCAUCAGAUACAUCAAAGGUUCACCAGACCUUGGUAUAUUCUUGAAGAAAGGAGAAACUCAUACACUCACAGCUUACUGUGACUCUGAUUGGGCUGCUUUCCCCAAUACUAGAAGAUCAAUCACAAGCUAUGUUGUGAAGUAA